ACCACCUCUCCUCUCCUCUCCUCUCUCUCUCUCUCUCUUCCCCCACCACGCGCACCUCCAUCUCCAGCGCGAGCUAGCUCGCAGCUCGAUCGGCCCAGAUCCAAAGCCAACAGCAAGCACCACCCAGCGCUGCGGGGCUGCAAUGCCGGGGAGCGUGCCGCUGGCGCUGGGCCUGGACACGGCGGGGGUGCAGGUGCCCUGGUACUUCCGGUGCCCCAUCUCCCUGGAGCUGAUGGCCGACCCCGUCACGGUGUCCACGGGCCAGACCUACGACCGCGCCAGCAUCGAGUCCUGGGUCGCCACCGGCAACACCACCUGCCCCGUCACCCGCGCGCCGCUCGCCGACUUCACGCUCAUCCCCAACCACACCCUCCGCCGCCUCAUCCAGGAGUGGUGCGUCGCGCACCGCUCCAUGGGCGUCGAGCGCAUCCCUACGCCCAAGCAGCCCGCCGACCCGGACCUCGUCCGCUCCCUCGUCGCGCAGGGCCCGGGCCUCCCCGCGCUCCGGAGGCUCAGGGCGCUCGCCAGGGAGUCCGACAAGAACAGGCUCGUCAUGGCCACGCACGAGACCAGGGCCGCGCUCGUCGAAGUCGCGUUCGGCUCCGGGGCCAGCGAGGAACUCCAGGCGGAGGCCAUGUCGGUGCUCGCGCUGGUCGGGCUCGGGGAGGCCGAGGCCGUCGAGGUGGUGGGCCGGGAGGAGCGGGUGGCCAGGCUCGGCAAGGUCCUCGCCGCCGGCGGCCCGCUGGAGGCCAGGGUGAACGCGGGCGCCGUCGUGGAGGCCGCCGCGUCGGCUUCGGGCGCGGAGGCCCGGGCGGUGCUGGGCGGCGCCGAGGGGGUCAUGGAGGGCCUGGUGGCGCUGGUGGAGGAGAAGGCCCACGCGCGCGCGGUCCGCGUCGGGAUCCGGGGCCUGUUCGCGCUGUGCCUGGCCAAGGAGAACCGGCCCCGCGCGGUGUCCGCCGGCGCCGCGUCCUCGCUGGCCCGGCGCGUGGCGGAGGGCGGCGCCGGGGAGCCCGAGCGCGCGCUGGCGGCCGUGGAGCGGCUGUGCCGCGCCGAGGGCGGGCGCGACGCGGUGGUCGCCGGGGCCGGGGGCGGGUCGGCGGCGGUGACGGCUCUGGUGCGCGCCAUGUCCGGGCGAGCGGCGGAGCACGCGGCGGGCGCGCUGGUGGCCGUGGUGGGCGGAUCGGAGGCGCUGCAGGUGGAGGCGGUCCGGGCGGGCGCCAUGAGCCAGCUGCUGCUGAUGGUGCAGGGCGGGUGCUCGGAGCGCGCCAAGCGCAAGGCGCAGCACCUCCUGAAGCUGCUCCGCUCCGCCUGGCCGACCACCGACUGCAUCGCCAACUCCGACGACUUCCUGCAACCGUACUGAUUGAUCACCACCAGCCAUCAUCAAUUCAUCAUCUCUCGGCUGCAUCGCGGUGAUGGAUGGAUUGCGUUCCCAAAGAGCGAAGUGAGAAAGAUCACUCACUCACUCGCCAGUCGCCGCAAACGCAAGGGAGAAGCUGCCGGCUUGUAUGGCCUGGCCGUGCGAGCAACGCAACGGCCGCGGCGUCCGGCGCGCCGGCGCCGGCGGCGUGUAUGUAAUGGCGGAGGAACGCGGUAGAAUUUUUUUCCCUAAUGUUUGUCCAGUUUUGUACGUAUGUAAUGUUGGCAGGGAGGGGAGGAGGAUGGGUUCUUGAUUCGAUCAAUGGUAGCAUGGCAUUCAUUCUCA